AGUUUUGGGUGUCUCGGUGGUUGUAGUAUUUCUAAAAGCUCCGACUACUACACAAUUACACAUGCCCUUUAUAAAAAGGCAGUAAUUUGAGCAACGAAAGAGACACCUUCCAUCAUUUUUUCAAACCAAUACUAUAAUACUACUACUCAUUGUCUAAUUCAGUGUAAAUCUUCCCAUUUCUUUGACUAUCUCUGUAAAUAAGCCAAGACAAUCCCCAAAAGUCGUGGUUUUGGUGCAACACUUUUUUGUUCUUGUUGUUGACCUUUUCAUUGGAUUAUCCAUUAUAAAUACUACUAAUACUGUCACCACUUGUGUUUCUCAGAAUCACAGCAAAAGUGCAAAAAAAAGAAAAGGCUACUUUAAUAAAAUUAUGGGUUGGUUUCCUUGUACAGGAACUGGAAAAUCCGUUGAAAAUGUGAAAAAAAGGAGCAGAAAACAAAUACUAGAGCAUCAGAUUUCCUCAUCAAGUUCAGCAGAUAAGUCUAAGCUGAAUGGUUCAGUGGAUGGCAAACAAGAAUGUACAAAGGAUGGGAAAUCAGAUAAUAUUGCUGUUAAGACCUUCACGUUUCGUGAAUUAGCAGCUGUAACCAGGAAUUUUCGGGCUGAUUAUCUGGUUGGUGAAGGAGGUUUCGGGCGUGUCUAUAAAGGGCAGCUGGAAAAUUCUUGCCAGGUUGUUGCAAUCAAACGACUUGAUCAUAAUGGGCUGCAAGGCAAUAGGGAAUUCCUCGUUGAAGUAUUAAUGCUCAGCCUACUUCACCAUCCAAACCUUGUUAACUUAAUUGGAUACUGUGCUGAUGGAGAUCAAAGGCUUCUUGUGUACGAGUAUAUGCCACUGGGAUCAUUGGAAGACCAUCUAUAUGACCUUCCUCCUGACAAGAGACGACUUGAUUGGAAUACUAGAAUGAAAAUAGCUGCAGGCGCAGCCAAAGGCUUGGAAUAUUUGCAUGAUAAAGCAAGCCCGCCAGUUAUAUAUCGUGAUUUGAAAUGUGCUAAUAUAUUACUUGAUGAAGAUUACAAACCAAAGCUAUCUGAUUUCGGCUUGGCCAAGUUGGGGCCAGUUGGGGAUAAGACCCAUGUUUCAACCAGAGUGAUGGGAACAUAUGGAUAUUGUGCUCCUGAAUAUGCCAUGACUGGUCAGCUUACUAUAAAAUCAGAUGUUUAUAGCUUUGGGGUCGUACUUCUGGAGAUCAUUACUGGGAGGAAAGCAAUUGACAAAUCAAAAAGUAAUGCAGAGCACAACCUUGUAGCGUGGGCACGGCCACUCUUCAAGGACAGAAGGAAGUUCAGUGAGAUAGCGGACCCAGCGCUCCAAGGCAGGUAUCCAGCAAGGGGGUUGUAUCAAGCACUAGCGGUUGCUGCAAUGUGUGUUCAAGAACAACCUAAUAUGAGACCCCUUAUGGCAGAUGUCGUUACAGCUUUAACUUACCUUGCUUCCCAAAAAUAUAAUCCAGAGGCUCAACCUGUUCACAAUUCUUACUCAGCUACUUCCACUCCCAGAGCCAGAAGAGAAUCAUCAAAGUAAACUGUGUGUUUUAUAGACAGUGAUGUAAUUUAUCUGGGCUGUAUCAAAAUGUUUAGUUGGUAGGUUUUAGGAGAGUUAUUCCUGUUGAGUUCUACAGUAGUGAAUAAACAAGCACUUAGGAGGGAGUAGAACAUAUAGAAAAAUUCGUCAUCAAUCUUUUGUACUUACAUGAAUCCUUAUAGUAAUAUUAUAUAUAUAGUGACCCUGUUUAUAC